AGGAGUAGACGGGGGUUGGUCCUGACACUGCCUGUCCUGUAUCUGGACCCUCUUCCGCCACCGCUCGCCCAGACGCUGCAUCGGAAAAAGGGACUGCAUAGCCAUGGCAGGCCCAAGCACUUUCAACGACCAUAUGUGGGAGCUGAGUCCGUACGAGUUGCACCGCAAACCGCACGAGAUGGUGACGGACUCCACCGUCGUAGCCGUGUCUCCGCGCGCCCUCCGCAGCGAGCUCAUGUGCCCCAUCUGCCUGGACCUUAUGAAGAACCCGCUGACCACGAAAGAGUGUCUGCACAGGUUCUGUCAGGAGUGCAUCAUUACAGCUCUGCGCAGUGGAAACAAGGAGUGCCCCACCUGCCGAAAGAAGCUCGUUUCCAAACGAUCCCUGCGGUCCGACCCUAAUUUUGAGGCCCUUAUUAACAAGAUUUACCCUGAUCGUGAGGGACUGAAUGUUCAGGUGGAGAAGUACACGCCGCGACGAAGCCAGCUCAUCACCAGGCGCAAGAGAAAGGCUCCGGACUCCCGAGACAACACGGAAACUCCGCCCCCUGAGGAGAAAAGGUCAAAGGACUCGCCCUCUUCAGACAUGGGAGACCUCAGCUCUCCUUCUCCUCCUCUUACUGACGAAGAUGAUGACGAGGUCGAGAUGCAAGUGAGGCCACACCCACAAGAUGCCUCCGUCACCAACUUCCCAAUCCGUAACCUGGCAACAGUACCCGUGGCGACGGUUGCGCACAUUCUGAAAUACAUCAUGGACUACCCCAGUCUGGACAAGAGAGGACCAAAGCCGGUGGUGACUGGAGAUAGUAGCCAUGCAGUUAGCAGUAAAUUCAGUCUCUACAUUCAGUUUGGAGACGAUGGGCAAUACACUAUGCUGCCUGGAGACCACUUUGAGGCAGAUAUGUGAGAUUACUGGACACCGGGUGACAAACUCAACCUGUACUUUGCCCUCGACGAUCGACUCGGGGAAACAGUGCAGUAAUGCAUCACCACGGCAACCACACACAUACACGUACUCACAUACACAAGUCGCGUGAAGUAAAUCCCUCGUGGCAAUCGUCCUUUGUUACCUCCUGCCAUUGACACUCGGAGAUCUUCACUAUUUCUCAGAUUUCUUGCGUGUGCAACCAAGACGUAUCUUCUUGUACAGUUGUACAACUCCAAGUCAUAUAGUGUGUGUGAAUCAAUUUAAUCACAGUGUAUAUUAUCAUAGCGUGGGUCCUCAAAGAAAGGACAAUGUGUGGGCGGCACUGCACAU